AUGCCGCGCUCCUUCCUGGUGAGAACGCACUCGGGCCACAGGGUCCCCAACUACGGGCAGCUGGAGAUGCAGAGAGAAGCCAGCCGUGCCUGCUCAGCCUGUGGGGGGCUGGUGGAGCCGCUCCCCACGCCCGCCGAGGACGCCCCUCGCACGCCUGCUGACUCUCCCGCGCCCUGGCCCUGCACCGCUGCCCUGGCCUGCCUCGCCCUGCCCCGCGGGCUGCACCACCACGGAGCUCCAGAGGCCUCCGGGCCAGACUCGCUGGAGACCGGCAGGGUGGACCCUCGGCCCAGCCGGGCCCCUGGUGUGCCCCUCAAAGACAGCCUGAACCACCUCAACCUGCCCCCUGUGCUGGCGCUGCCCACGCGCUGGCCCCCGAUCCUGGGCCCCGGCGGGGACGGGGCUCCUGGCAGACGGCUCGGGGCGGACGGGGCGGCCCGCGCCCCCGGGGCCCUGGAGUGUGUCCACUGCCGCAGGCCCUACCACACGCUGGCCGGGCUGGCCAGGCACCAGCAGCUGCACUGCCCCCUGCAGGCCGGACGCACCUUCACCUGCAAGUUCUGCGGCAAGCAGUACGGCAGCCUGGGCGCGCUCAAGAUGCACCUGCGGACCCACACGCUGCCGUGCGCCUGCGCAGUGUGCGGCAAGGCCUUCUCCCGGCCCUGGCUGCUGCAGGGCCACCUGCGCACCCACACGGGUGAGAAGCCCUACGCCUGCUCUCACUGCAGCAGGGCCUUCGCCGACCGCUCCAACCUGCGCGCCCACCUGCAGACACACUCCGACACCAAGAGGUACCGCUGCCGCAGCUGCGCCAAGGCCUUCUCCCGCAUGUCCCUCCUGACCCGGCACGAGGAGGCCGGCUGCCGCACAGAGCCGCGCUCCGUGAGAGGGGUCCUUGGCCCCGGCUCCCGGGUGUUUGCUCUGGCUGCAGCGCCCAGCGCCGCCUCCGUGGUCUCCAAGGCCCCGGCCCCCGGCCCCCGGCCCCCCCCCAGAGCUCUCCCCUCGCAGGCCCCGUGGUUCGCACAGAGCCUGACUGGACCCCGAGCGCUCCCGCCGGGGUGGGGCCCUGGCCUGCGCCUCUACUGUCACCGCGGGGAGCCCCAGGGACCCCGGGGCCUCCAGCAGGGCCGGCUGGCGUGGGCGCCCGGCGUCCAGGGUCUCGGCACGCGGCGCGGUGCCUGA